ACUUAAGUCCACCUUCUUGUCAAAUGAAUUCAUAAAAGUUUUGUGCGCGAAAUUAGAAAAGAAAAUACGGUAAUAGUUUCAGUUGAAAUUCAAAUUACAGUGCAACCCACAGAAAGUGAACAAUUCAAAGACAAAUUCAUCAAAUUGUGCAAUUGAUACACAAACACAGAGAAGAAAAAAAAUUAGAACGCAAAGGUGAAAAUAACAGUCAGUUAAUGAACAUUUAAAUAUUUAUGUGCGGAAGAUAUGCGCACGCAAUCCAAAGCAACAAAAACAAUACGACAACAAGACGUUUCUCGAAUCAAUUCGUUAAUUUAAUUUAGAAAAUUAAACACUUUAUUGGCUACGACAUUAAAGAGACAAAACAAACCAAAACAAAAAAGAAUUAGUGUCUGUUCGGUUAUCAAACAAACAGAAAAAAAACUUCUAAACGAGAAAAAAAGCAGCGACAAACACACAUGGGCUAUAUUUGUUUGUCUCGAACUCUAUUUUUUUUUGUCAUAAACGGUUACAUAGUAAAGUGCUUCUGAAGUAAUAAUCCAUUGACUGAAACUCGAUGAAAGCAUUAUUUUCUGUGGCCUCUUAUUGUAUGUGAACAUUGUGCAAAGAAACGAAAUAGAGAAAAACAAAAUCGCUGCAAACAAACCCGAGAAAACGAAACGAAAAAAAGCAGAAAGAAAAAGAAAAAAAUAACAACAGAUAUUCCAUUCGAAAUACCGAAAAUUUAAUAAAAAGGAAAGCACUUACAGAGAGAGAAAAAAAAGAAAGUAUUUUUUUUCGUAAAUAUUUCUUUCGCAGUUUUCCUCACACCAAAACUGAGCGAGAGAUACACGACGCUGUGACUACGUUUAGACUGAACUAUUGCGAAAAGAAAAAAAAGCAGCAAAAGCAGACAAAACAACAAUGCAACAAUAACAAAUAGCAGUAAAGUGUAAGCGUUAUAAAAAUACAGAGGCGAACAUCGAAGAAGAAGUAGAAAAAAAAAACACUUUCAUUGAAUUCGUCGUUGUCGUCGGCGCAUAUUUUCUAAAGGAAGAAAAUAAAUAAAUUUAAAGCAGAAAAAAGCGAGUCAGAAAGAAAUUUCGACCCCGAAAAAGAUUUUUUAAAAAAUACUGAAAAAGGCACACACCAAACAAACAAAUAGUACGAAAUUUGUUUUAGCUGAAAUAAAUAAAAAAAAAGCAGCAGCAGCAACCGUGUGAUAGUUUUGUGAAAGUGCAUAGAAAGACAAUUACAUUGAAUGAAUAGAGAACAGUGCGAUUCAUUCGGCGUAUAAUUUUAAAACGAAACAAAGCAAAUCGCGAAAAAAAAUCAAUUGAACUGUUUAACAACACGCGCGAGCGCGAGGCCAAAACCAUUGCAUUUGAAUCUAUUAUCGAUUAGAAUUAAACGGAUAAAUUUCAUGCAAAUUGGAGAAAAACAAACCUUUCAAAUUUAAAAGCGCAAAUCGACACACAUUUUGAAUUGCAACCAAAAUAAUAGUUUAAUAAAACAAACAAGACAAUUUACUCAGUUGAUUGAUCACAACUGUAGUGUUGAAUAAAAAAAAUAGACCAUAUCAUAGUACUUCCACAUACAAUUGGAGUUCCCCCUUCUCUCUCUUGUACUGUGAUCUAUUGAAUUGAAGAGAGAAAGAGAGAGAGAGAAAGCUCCAGAUAGAACAGAAUAUCGAAUUCCGUUGUAAAAUAUCAAGAGACUCAAUCAAAACAAAGAAGAAGAAGAUAAAAAAAACCAGCAAAAAUGUCAUCGAAACAGCAACAAAAGUCAGUUGAUCUGAUCGAAUUCUGUACGAAUUCGGGCGAUAACAUGGAUGUGUUGGAUAAACCAAACACGGGCGUUGUUCAAAAAAUGGUCAUGAGUGAAACAGCAUCAGCAUCGUUAAUUGCAACAGCUGUCGCAAAAUUGACAACGAGCAGCGUCACAACAACGGCACCAUCCGUCACCAAUUCAGCAUUAAAUAAAAGUGAAAGUGACUCAAUAUCAUCCAACCAAAAAUCGGACAAUGUUACUGGCACCACUGAUACCGUAAUUAUUACGACGACGAUGUCAUCGACAACGAAAGCAGCCGCAGCAGCACCUCUCAACGAACCGAUUCAACUCAAUCCCUCGCAGGAGAGCUCAGAUUCAGAUGUGAAAGAUGUGCAGUCAGAGGUAUCGGAUCUAUCAUCGAUAUCAGAUAGUGACAGCAGCGAUAAGACCAAUGAAUGUGAAAAUUCGUUAAUUUAUAUUCGUGAUGUGUCAAAGGGAUCCUAUUUGGAGGAAAUGCAUGAGGUGCCAUUAUCAAAUACGCCAAUCGAUCUUGAACAAGAGGAAGAAACUGAAGAGGUUGAUCAUUUAUCACCAUUGAUUAUGGACAAUCAUACGGUGUUGGAGCACCGUGAAUUGUUCAAAGAAAGUUUGAACAAUUUAAAAGAAUUUCAUCCGGGCGCUUCACACUAUCGCACAACGUCAUUAACCGAUUCAACAAAGGAUUCACCGGCAACAUCAGACAGUGAUAGUCGUAUAUUUUCAUCGUUUGAACAGCGUCGUGAUUCAAACGAAUCGGCCCAACACGAUUAUAGUUCCGAUGCUGUGUCGUCCGAUGAAAAUGCCAAAGAUUCAUGUGAUGUACAGCAAUCAAUGGCAAAAUUACAUACCAACAAAGAGCAUCAUCAAGAAAUUAAGAGCGAUGACGAAGACGACGACGAACCCAUUGAAAUACCCACAGACGAAAUGUCAGAGAAAAUUGUUCAACAAGUUGAAUUCUAUUUUUCCAACGAGAACAUUUUAAAAGAUGCAUUCUUAUUGAAACACGUUCGCCGUAACAAAGAAGGUUUUGUUAGUUUGAAGUUGAUAUCGAGUUUCAAACGUGUGCGUCAAUUGACCAAGGAUUGGCGUGUCGUUGGCUAUGCCAUUAAAUUGAAGAGCAAAAUUAUCGAAGUAAACGAUUUGGGCACAAAAAUUCGUCGCUUAGAAGCAUUGCCGGUGUUCGAUGAAACGAUGCCAUCACGUACGGUUGUUGCAACCGAUUUACCAAUCGAUAAGGUAACCAUUGAAAAAGUAUCCGAAAUUUUUUCGAAAUUUGGUGAAAUUGCAUUGAUACGAAUUUUACAUGCUGGCGGACAAAUUCCGCCCGAUGUUCGUCAAUUUAUGAAUAAAUAUCCGGAAUUGCAUCAAAAGGAAUGCGCUUUCGUUGAGUACACCGAAUCGAAAUCGGCACGCAAUGCAAUGGCAAUGGAAACCGAAAUGCAUCUGUAUGAAAUGGUUGCACCAAAAAAGAAAACUGGUAAAAAGGCUAGUGUAUCCAAAUUAAUUGAAAGCUACAUUUAUGCAAACACACCACAUACAGAGAGCGAACGUAGUCGCCCACCAUCAUCGGCUGCAAAUAAUACCGAUUUUAAAUUACGACGAAAUAGCUCAAAUUUCUAUGUGAAACCAGAACAUUUGUGCAACAAUUUACCAUCAUCGAAUCCACAAUCAGUGUCACCAACAAUGCAAAUGCAUCAACAUGUGCCGUCACUACAAAGUCCACGAAAAUAUUCGUUUAACAAUGAUAAUUGUGAACAUUUUGGACGUCGUGUAAGCAAUACAAUGAUGGGCAACAAUGAUUUAUCGCGUAAGUAUUCAAGCUGUUCCGAAGGUUAUUCCAGUUGCUCGGAAAUGUCACGUCGAACAUCAAACUGUUCGGAUAUGUCACGACGUACAUCUAAUUGUUCCGAUGGGCCAAUGUUUAAUCGUCGCCUGUCCGGAUGCUCUGAUUUUUGUGCAUGUUCACGUCGUUCGUCACAAUGUUCGUCCGAUCAAUUUCGGCGCAUUUCACAAUGUUCCGAUCACAAUCGUCGUUUUUCAAAUACUUCCAUGAACUAUGAUCGACGUAUGUCGAAUGGUUCAGAUGGUGGCCGUCGCAUUUCAUUUGAUGGUGAUUAUGAUCGAAAAAUUUCUGUAGGCAGCAAUGGUUGUGAUCAUUAUCGAAAAAUUUCCGGCACAUAUGAUUCAAUGCCACGCAAAUAUUCAAACGGUGAUUUGCGAAAAGUGUCCGUCGAUUCGGGAUAUGAGCGAAAAUUCUCAAAUUCUUCCAUGAAUGAAUAUGGCUCAUCGCCACGAUCACGUAGCAACAGUUUUUUAAUGAAUACAAAUAAAAAUAGCGAAAAUCUUGUACGAACACCCAUCGGACCGGACGGCAGCAAAGGUUUUUCAACGCGAGCCAGAAAAGUCGGACAAGUCGUCGUGCCGGUGUAGAAUUAUUUCGAUCAAAGUUUAUUUAAAAUAUGAUGCGCAUGAGUACGCUCCAACCUUCUCUUACGUGUAAUUUUUGUCAUUUCUUUUGCUUUAUAUUAAUUUUAUACUUGUAAUUUAAUCUAAUUAGGAGAAAAAGUGUUUUUAUUAAAGAGAAGAACGCAGUUGAUUUUAGCAAUGAAUGAAAUUUUAUUGUUGGAGUUAGUCGAUUAUAUACAGAAUGAUGUAAUGAUGUAGCAAUUCAAAAAAAAAACUCACUGCAAGUGGUUCAUAUUUUUGUUUUGAUUAAGACAAACAAAAAAAUUGAUAAUUGAUACUUACAAAUUAGAUCUAUACAUAUUUCUCAGAUUUUUUUAAAUUCCGAUACAUUUUUAGUAAACUAGAUUAUUAUUGUACAUGUGACAAUGAUACGAUAUACGAUGUGUAUUCUCCUAAAAAGGAAAAAGAACUCAACUAAGAAAACAUUGCCACCGAUCGCAAUAACAAAAAAACGAUUUAUGGCAUUCUGUAAACGCAGGAAAACAAUUUAGUUUUACUAUUACUUAUUAACAAUUGUAUACAGUUGAAAUGAUCACAUAAAUUUAAAC